CGGACGGACUGGACGAUCCCUUGGGUGCGGCUUUACAGCUCGACUGACAAGGGCCGAGAGAAGCCGAAAGCAGACGAGAGGAGACGAAGUGCCAAACUGCUGUAGCGGCAUCUGAAGGAGCACCCAGGCAGCGAGCGAGCCGUAUAACGGGACCAAGCAACGCAACCCGGCACUGCAGCACCCAGGCGGAGUGUAAAAUGAAGGCUGCGGGGACGAAAGGAUGGAAAUCGGAUCUUCGGUUCGUGACUCCACAUUAAGGAAAGGCCCACAUUCAAGAAGCAUUUCCUGGAGAGUCGCCGGCCGACUGCGGCUAAGCAUCCACACCCCCGGGCACCGGGCAGAAGCGCGCUGACGUGACAGCGGCCUUGAGUGCCAGCUGCCCCGAUAGCAAAAUACCGCUUUGUUUUUGUGUGGAUUAAAAAGCUAAAAAAACUUGUUUUUUUGUAUUGUGCAAGAUGUUCACCGGCAUGGUGAAGUUGGACGGGCCGAUAAUUUCCUCAUCUGGCUCUCGAAGCCCGCAGACGCAAGCUGGAAGCCCGAUGCUGCAGUCUACAGGUGGGAGCUCCCGCAGGAAGAAACUUCACAGAAGGCCCGGUUAUAUGCGAGGGGCCCCCAAGCAAUGCCUGGAGUUCAGCAUGGAGGAAAACAGCAAAAGACCUUGCCUAGGACCAGUUAUCAGCAGAACCGCUUGCUCAGAUAUGCAAAAUGUUGGACUUGUUGGUAGAUCAGUACGCAGUAUUCGACUGGGUGAGACGGAGUCACCUGCAAAUAAUGUACUUGAAAGGCCUGGGACAGUAAAUUCAGAUCUGAUAACAAGGACCCAAGCAGAGCUUUUUAACCAGUCACCAGAGAGUAGGUGCGUCCAGUCCCAACUCAACAAUUCCAUGUUGGAAACAUCGCAAAUGGCCAGCUUGCAAAGCAGACGUGGUACUGUUCUGGUGCCCAAAGACAAUGAGGCUGCAAACCCAACACGGAGUGAGGACCUGGAUUGGUCACCAGCAAAAAGGCGUCCAAGUGAUUUGAAACAAGAGGACAGCCAACCCAGUGAUGACACCUUCAACUCCAGCUUUAGUUUCAUUCAGCUCUCACUGGCUCCUGAUUACCAGGAGGAUUUUGGCAGCUGCAGUUUACAGUCAAGCAAGUCAGCCGAGUCUGUGCUGGCACAAGAUCCUCAACUCUUAUUUGCAGAUGCUGGGCUCGACUAUACUCUCCCCAAAGAUGGUGCAGACAGCUUACCUGACCAGGACCUGUGGAAGGACCCGGAGUUUUGGCAGUUUAGUCAGAGCGAUGAAGUCCAGUCAGUGGUUGACACCGGACUUAAGGAGGGCUUGCAGGACUUGGACAUGUUACCCUUCGACACAGAGGUUGCUUUCUCUUUCUCUUUGGAUUUGUCAGAUGCAGCAUCUGCAGGGUCUUCAGUUACCUCGGGCUAUGAGAGCAGCACCACCACUACUGAGAGCAGCUGCGAUGUGCUUCUGAAGCAGUAUGACGGCAUCUUGAACGACUGUCUGCAGAACAGGAGAGCCAGCGUGAAGAUUGAAUCCUUAAUACUAAAGUUAUUACGACUGCAGGAAAAAGCCAUUCAAGAGGACGACUAUGACAGAGCUGACAAAUUCCGCCAGAAGUUAGUGGAGCUGAGGAAGGAAAAAAGCUUGUUGAAGCUGGGCCUGCCAUCCAUGCAUCCCUGUGUGUCGAGGCUAAUCGAGCGGCUGAAGGAUCAGCUCCAGUCAUCUUUACAGCAAACCCCUGGAAGCUGUGGGGCAAACAAGGAAGAAAUGCGAGCAAAGCAAAAAUCUGAAAAGGACAAAGUCCAGUUCUGUUUAUUCAGAAGAGACCAACUUCUUCAAGAAAAGCAGCGGCUGCAGAAUGAAAUUCACGAGUUAAGGCGAACGUUGGCAGAGCUCAUGAAGAAAGACUGCCAGCUUACAAUUGAAAUUGAAGAAGAAGACCGGCUGAUUCAGACGCAGGACAGUAAGCUACCCUCCAUCCUGACCACUUCUCUUGGGGAGCUGAGUGACCUGAAUAAAGUGUUGGAUGAGAUGGUAGCGUCUGCACAUCGAGUUCAGUCCUGCACAGACCCUCCUGAACACGUAAAGAGCCUUCAAGAAAAGGAACAGUUACUAAGUGCAUCCGUGAAGGAGGCUACAGCCAAAGUUUUCAUGAGCCAGAAACUGUGCAGCAGUCUGAGGAAGAAAGUCAGUGACAUUGAAACUCAACUGGCAACCUUUGAAGAAGCCAAAAUAACAGCAGUCACAGGAAAUGAUUUCUCAACUGCAAAAGACCUUAAACAGGAGAUGGUGCUGCUUGGCUCAGAGAAGGACCGCCUGGAAGAACUACUGCUGAAAGCGCAGACAUUGAGCAGAGCCAACACGGAAGCACUGGAUUUGGUCAAAGGAGACUAUGCCAAGGUCAGGCUGGAGCUUGAGCGUAACGAGGCACACUUUGAGAAAAACCUUAGGGAAAAUGCAGCCAAGUACAUGGACUUGUUGGAAGACAAGCUGCACAGCUGUGGAAGUCCACUGCUGACCAGAGUGUGGGAAGCUGACUUGGAGGCCUGUCGUCUGUUGCUUCGUGGGCUGCAGCUGAAAGAAACAGGCUUCUGCAUCUCAGAGGGAGACGAGAGCCGAACAGAUGAGACAGAACCUUUGGAUGACCUCUGCUCAGAGAUGGACACCAAAAAAGAGAACCAGUUCCAACCACCAGGAUCAUGGGAUGAUAUUCCACGUGUCAUCGCCAAAGGAAACUCCCAGGAUCAAUUGAUUGAGAAUAUGGAGGAAUGUUUGUUUAAUAAAGAAGCUCAUCAGUCUGAGGUCUGCUGGACUGGCACAGCAAACAUAAUGCAGCAAUGUGAAUCAAUCAGUGAGAAAUUGCUGUCUCUCGAGGACCAACUGCAAGUGGCAAUUCUGCAGCGUGAUAAAGGCCUUACUCAGUCUCUGCAGGGUGAGAUCCAGAUGGUGAAAGUCAUUCUUCAGGAGAUGCUCGAGAAGUUACAAGUGUCCUCAGAAGAAAAUGAUGAAGAAGCAGAAGCCCACUUCAGCAGGCGCUGGUCACUUGAACUUGGAGAAUAACUGCGGACUUACUUUGUUUUUCCAUGGACGCUUUUUUAGGAUUCCAUUAAGGAAAUGCAUUCUGGCCGCCUUAAAUAGAGUCAGCGUCACUGAGUUAUGACUUGGGGUACAGGCUCUGCUCCUGUUGUCACCAGCCUUCAUGCCACCUGGUGUCAUUGUGGCAAUAAAGGCAUAUUUUAUGUGUUUUAUGUUUCAAUAAUGGGCCUGGAGGAUGCACUAGUAAAGAGUUCCACACAUUACUGAAUGUCAUUGUAAUAAACCAAUAUGCGUUUUCCAGUGUACUGGACAUUGUUUUUUUGGGGACAACAAUGCCCACCUUUAGCAGGUUUAGGUGCUUUUGUAAAUUACAGUUCAAGUAUGAAUACAGAGCUAUGCACCGUGAUGCUUCCAUGUCAUGUUACCAGCCUGUUAUGUUUAAGAUAAGCUGAAAAUGACGUUAUAGGAGAAUUAAAAUAAAAAAAAAUUGGCAGGUACUCCUCUGGUUAUCUGUAAAAGAAGACAUUUCAACGAGACCACACAAGGAGUGUCCUCAGAACACAGGCCUGCCUUACUUUAUAGAAGAUGGUGAAGUUUAGGGUCACCAUGAUUUUAAGACUUGAUUUGCCGAUGCAACAAAAUAUGAACCACUACCAUCAAAUCACCUUUUGUAACUUUGUAUUGAUUUUAAUAUAUAAUUCCACUAAUUUGAAUAUAGUGUGUAACUAUAAAUUGGUUAUUUAAUCAGCUGUUUUGUAAUAAUAUUUGUUUACUCUGAUAUUUUUAAUGUCUAUGUAUUUUCUAUAAGGAAAAUUAUUUUUAAAAUGUUUGCCUAAAUUAAGCUGGGGUGUUAUGUGGGGCCUGUGUGGAAAUGGAGUAUAACAAUCAAUACAGAAAUAAUAAAAAGGACAACAUUACAUGGCAUACAAAUAUUUAAACCUUAAGAAAGCAAAAAUGUGCAUUUAUAUUUGGUUUUUCUCUAUUAAAGGAAUGCUCCAGCCAAA